GUAGUUAGGGUCAUCUUCCUUUAACCAAUUUUAAUUGUAUUUGUUGCAACUUGGUGCACAUUCAGUUGGUAUUGGUAUUCCAUGAUCAUGCUAGAGUGGAUUUUGUACUUCUGUCCAGAAGCUGGCAGGAUAGUUAUAGGGGCUCCGAUUCUUUUACGUCGAGGGAGUGGAAGUGAAUGCUUGCCUUGCAGUCCAAAGGACAGCGGAAUGGGGAUGGGAAUCAGGAAGGUGCUGGAUGACUUCUCAGGCAUAACAUGGGUUCUGGUGUAUAGAACAGAUAAGUAUAAAAGACUGAAAGCAGAAGUGGAGAAACAGAGUAAAAAAUUGGAAAAAAAGAAGGAAACAAUAACAGAAUCAGCAGGCCGACAACAGAAAAAGAAAAUAGAGAGGCAAGAAGAGAAACUGAAGAACAACAAUAGAGAUCUGUCAAUGGUUCGCAUGAAGUCCAUGUUUGCCAUUGGUUUCUGUUUCACUGCUCUGAUGGGAAUGUUUAAUUCCAUAUUUGACGGAAGAGUGGUUGCAAAGCUCCCAUUCAUACCACUUUCUUACAUUCAGGGCUUGUCUCAUCGUAAUCUUCUGGGUGAAGAUUGCACAGAUUGUUCUUUCAUCUUUCUCUAUAUUCUCUGCACCAUGUCUAUUCGGCAGAAUAUUCAGAAGCUGUUGGGUCUGGCUCCUUCCCGAGCUGCCACCAAGCAGGCUGGAGGAUUCCUUGGCCCCCCACCUCAAGCUGGGAAGUUCUCCUGAAAUAAGAAAAAUAAUUUUAUCUCUCUUGCCAAUGAAAAUAUUUUAAAAAUAUUCAGAUUUUAUAGAAAAGUUUCUAAAAAUAUUUGGAUCCCCAAGAUAAUCUAGUAACAUAUGUGUGUUAUGAAUUGAACCAAGUUGAACAAAUAGGUUGGCUCUCAGUUUCCAGGAUGGAGGGAAGGUACUUUCAUAAAAAUCUUAAAGUCUGGAAAAACUUGUAAGAAUACAUAUUGAAAUUAAAGAUGGGGCAGGGAUUCAUAUAAAGUUGGGUUUUUUUAAAGACAUGAUUCCACUCUUACUGAUAAACAAAGAAGAAUUUCCAUUAUCCCUAACUAUUUAAUUUGUCUUCCCUCUUGCUGCCAUUUUUCAAAUGUUAAUUUAGUCCAACAUUAACUGGAUUUCUCUAGGAAUUUAUAAGAAAGAUCAUAUAUUGUCAUUCAACAUUUAAUAUUAAUGGAUAAUGGAGGCUCAAUUAAAUUAUGAGAGAAAAUUUGCCAUGAGACACUUAAUCUCCAUAAUUAUUGUAAUUUUAAUUUAUAGAAAUAAUUACAAUUUUUCCUCACAGCA